AUGUGGUUGAUACCAUUCCAUUCACUUCAUUCCUACCAUUAUUAGGAAGCGUCCUCCCCUCACCAGCCUCCUGUGCUGUCUCUGUAGUUGUGUGUGUACUGUAUUGGGUGGUGAGUCAUGUUAGUGAUAGGUAGUAGUUCUGAAAUGCUGUGUACAACUGUCACUCUGGUUGGGUUGGGUCAUGUGUUGUUAGCUCACGGCUCUAGUGGCAUGGCUCUGGUGCUAUGCUUGGCAUCGGGUACAACGUAGAAGCCAGGUAUCGAAUCCCAAAUGUUUUGUUUCUCGUCUUGGGUUGGAACCCUUUAGUUUUCAUCUCUGCAUCCCCUCCCUUGACUUGAGUGUUCUACAGAGUAGAUGAGUCACCUCUGAACCCCCACAAUGCAUCCCUGGUGCACUAUAUGGCGAAUAGGAUGUCAUCUGUCUCUCUCUGUCUCCUCACAGGUCAGUGGGCGGGAUCUGAGUCACCUGACUAAACGGGAUCUUUCUCACCUGAGCAAACGGGAUGCUCUUAGAAUCCUGGCUGCCUAUGAGCACCCAAUCACGCUGCAGAUCAAGGGCCAGCGUGGGAGGGGAUAUGGCUUACAUGACUGCAGCACGCAGACGGAAAGACACUGGGAGCCCCUCCCCCUAGCCCCCCACCUGGCCCUGCACAGUCUGGGGGUCACAGCAGCCGGGACCAUGCCCAGGGUCAACCCGGACGGGCACUACUGCAGCCACAUGAGUCUGCCUCGUGAUCACCGUGACAACGGGAGAUAUGAGUACCUGCCCAACGCUCCACGAGACAUAGAGGACAUGGAACCACUGGACUACCAGACUGAGGAUGAGGACUAUAUGUUGGAGAAACCUCUGGGCUACCUACCUCUCCACCAUGAGCUGGACAGUGGCCUGGGCUGGACCGACGGUAGCCUGCACCAGGGAGACCUCUCUGGCCUGGAGACUGAGGAGGGGGGUCUGGAGGAGUGUCACCCCAGGGGAGGAGGCUCCGGUGGGGGCCUGCUGGUCAGCGGAGGAGGGGGUGGAGGUGGUGGGUCUCCGUCCUCUGAAUCCUUCAUCUCGUCUGAGCUGAGUGACUCUGGCUUCUAUAGCGUGAGCACCGGAGAGUUCCGCCGUUUCCAGAGGCUGUUAGAGAAACGCAUGCGCCUGUACAACGCUCGUCUGCACCACCAAGGGGAGGUGUGUACACGGGAGCGCCGCGACAGCUGGCAGAAGAACCACAGAGAGCUGCUGGAGGCCAUCCCUGAGGCACUGACCAUGCAGCCCCAGCACUCCUGCCUCACGCCUGGCCUGACUGCUCCAUCCGUGGGCCCUCCGCAUCGAGGACUCUUCAGGGUGUCGUCUGUCCAGUUCCGGAAGGCGGAUCGUCCCUGUCUGAGCAAACACAGCUCCAGCAGUGGCUCCCUCUUCAACCCCCAGCACACCCCUGGCCCCCUCUCUGUCCACGCCCCUGUCCUCCCCACCUGCAGUACCCCCUCCGGUCACCACAGGCUUCCGCUGCAGCACCAGGGCUCCAGCUCGGAGGGUCAGCUGAGGAGAAGCAGGACCCUGCACCACCAGGCUCCACCCCAGGAGCGUGUCAGACGGGCCAGUCACCCGUCCUCCCCCUCUUACGCCACCCUGCAGCACUGUGGAGUAGCUCCACUUAGAGGCCUGGAGCUGGGCCUGCCUGAAGAGGGAGAACCAGAACUAGUGCUCACACACCCAGCAGGACUUGCCCUCUCACCUCAGCACCAUGCAACCUCUCCGGGGGAACACAGAGGGGCCAUGCCCUUACCCAGGGGACAUUACUGGGACAAUAGUGGAGGUCGUGACCAGCUGGUUAAUGACAGUAGGCAGCAGGAGAGGAGCUUCAUGACAGACCUACCAGUGUGGGAGAGGGAGCGAGAGAGAGAAAGAGAAAGAGAGAGGGAGCGAGAAAGAGAGCAAGAAAGAGAACGAGAAAGAGAACGAGAGAAAGAAAGAGAGCGGGAAAGAGAAAAACAAAGAGAGAGAGGAAGAGAGGUGCACCGCUUCCACACCCUCAGCCACCCACCCCAGACAUCCACGGACAUCCAUGAGACAUGGCCUAAACCGGCCAAUCGGCUGUCCCACCAGGGGUCAGGGGGUGGUGGGGGCCUCUACAGCACCUUGGAGAGCCACACUGGGUUCGGGUCUGGGGUCGUUGGAGUGUCCAGGAUGGGCUCCAAUCAUAACCCCAACCCUGAUACUACCCCCAACACCAACCCCAACCUUCCUAACCCUAACCCUAACGCAAGGGCUGUGAGGAACCAGAUUCUUCGUGACCGGGCAUCGCGGCUAGCGGACGAGCGCAGCGGGAUGAGUACAGAUGAGGAGAGCCAGGAGGUGAUGAGGGGGAGGUACUGGAGCCGCACUGAGAGACGGGAGCACCUCCUACUGGCCCGCGAGCAGAAACAGCAGCAACAUCAACAACAGCAGGCCAGAGGGCAGCAGGCUUACACAAGGCCAGGAGCCAAUGGAGGAUCAGGAUCUAUGAGAGAUACAGGGGUCAACACAAGAGGAGGAGCUAUGGGUGGACAGGGGGGAGGAGUUAACAGAGAAGGAGAGGCUAUMUCUGGAGGGGGAGGGUCUUUGGGAGACGGCCGGUGCAGCACGGUGCUGGAGCUCAGCCAAAAGAAGUUGAGUCGUCUGAGGAACAGGAAGCUGUUAGAUGAUUGGACGACGGUGGAGGAGCUGCUGACUCAUGGGACGAGGCUGGGCACCGGGGAGGAGAUGUCCCUCUGUCCCAGCUCACUACUGACUGUCACUACUGUAUAGAGUGUGUCUCUGAGUGUAUGUCUGUGUGUUUUUCCACCAUAAAGCACCAUGGACAAAAUUUGUUUGAGGGUAAGUGUAUGCGUGUGAGUAUAUAAGUGUGUGUCACCACUGUACAGCACCUCUGACAAAGUGUGUGUAUGUGUCAGACCUUCUUACUGACUACUGUAACGCACUGCAAGUCUGUAUCUAUUACAAUCUGUGUGUCUGUGUGAGAGAGGAUCGGUCUGUGUGUGUGUCUGCACCAUGUCUGGCUACCUCAUGCUGAUGGGGUUUGUGAAACAAUUUGAAACACAAUACAAUAUCAUGUCAUUUUGUUGA